AUGGAGGGUGCUAAGCCUUGUUCUACACCUCUUGGAACUACCAAACUGGAUCAUGGUGGUACACAUUUGGAAAAUCCCACAGAGUAUAGAUCCAUUGUGGGAGGCCUACAGUAUUUAACUUGGACUCGGCCUGAUAUCUCAUUUGCAGUUAAUCAAGUCUGCCAAUUCAUGCAUGCUCCAACUGAUUCACAUAUGCAGGUAGCCAAGCGAAUACUCAGAUUUCUCAAAGGUACACCUUCACAUGGUAUAUGGUUUCAUAAAGGUCCUCUCACUCUAUCCGCCUACUCUGAUGUCGACUGGGCUGGCUGCACUUUUGAUAGGAGAUUCACGGGUGGAUUUUGUGUGUUUCUUGGCUCCAACUUAGCGAGCUGGAGUGCUAAGAAGCAGCCUACAGUCGCUCGUUCGUUUACUGAAGCUGAAUAUCGAUCCCUGGCUCACACUGCUGCUGAAGUUACAUGGAUCUGCAAAGUCUUUCGAGAUUUUGGUUUCUCCUCCUCUGUUAAACCUACCAUUUGGUGUGAUAACAUUUUUGCUAUCUCCCUUGCAUCAAACCCUGUUUUUCAUGCCAGAACCAAACAUGUGGAAAUUGAUUAUCAUUAUAUCCGAGAGCUGGUUCUUGCAAAUCUGGUUACAGUUCAGUAUGUUUGCAGCCAAGACCAGAUAGCUGAUAUUCAUACUAAAUCUUUGUCUAAGAAUCGGUUCCUCUUUCUUCAAUCCAAGCUUUCUCUUGGUACUCCUAGUCUUUCCAAGCUCAGCUUGAGGGGGUGUAAAGAUAAAGAUGCCAAGUCAUGA